CUCAGUGUGCUUCUGUGGCAGCUCCCUUGGCCAGGACAAAGGGGUAGCCAGCUGGUGGCACUGGUUUGCCUCAGAGGCAGCUACCAGCCCUGUGCAGAGCUUGGGAGCUGGAAACUGCCAGGUGUCUUGGCCUCAAGUGGAGCGUUCCUACCUGAACCAUCCUUGAGGGACUCUGGGGCUGCAGGGGUCACAGCCUUCUUGCCUCAGCACCUGAAAUAUGGGAUGUAGCCCCAUGCACAGCCCCUUAAUGGGCCACCGCAGCUGGGGACCACAGGGCUUUGGCAGUGCGGGGGGUCUGUGUUGCCACCUCAAGUCAAAGCACUGCCCUGUAACGCAGCAGUGGCAGCGUGGAAGAGCCACGAGGGAGAGACUGUGCUCCCUUCGUUUGGGCUUUUACCAGAGGAAGAUACUGAAGACUGCAAAGUCUGGAAAGUGUUGGGGGGGGUACUGAGAUGAAGGGGUUUGCUUUUAGAGGGGUUGAGAGGGAGACAAAGGGUGGUGGUGAGGGACAGGGAAACAGACCUGGAGCUAUGGCUGCACAGGAAGGAUGCGCAGCGGUUUCAGGGAGGGCUGUGAGCAGCUGGCAGGACCAAGCAGCCUAGGACCAGAAGCUUACAUACUGGGAAGGGGUAGGCAGCAGCGCCCGGGCAGGAGCCUGUCCCCUGCCCAAACUGGUUGGUGUCCCGGGGCUACUGGUGUGGCUCCUCUGUGACCUCGCUGUGGAGCUGGCAUCAGUGCGCAUCAUGCGGUGCUGGCUCCUGCUGCUCACCCUGCUGCUGGGGGCUGCCCUCCCGCGGCCCUUGAGCCAGAGGGCCAGCUACUUUGUUCCCGAGGACUUCUCUGCUCCCCUGGAGCUUCCACAGCAGCACUUUGGCCUGGUGGACGAUUACGGCAUCAAACCCAAGCAGCCUCGCUUGAGGACCUGGGCAGCCCGGGAGCGGCCAGCAGCACUGCGCAGAGCUGGCAAAAGCAAGCGCGAUGAGCUGGAUUUACUGGAGUACUACUACGAUGCCCGCCUGUGAACCAGCGUGCCCCUGUGCCCACCACAGCCCGGUCUUGGGGACCCCCCCCCGCCUGCCCCCACGGCUGCAGGAUAGUGAAUUGCAACCGGGGCUCUCGGACCAAACCCGAGAAGCUCCAGCUCCUCUUGGGGGGUCCCAAGGGAAAGAACCAGCCAGGGCCCAAACCCGCUGUGGUGGGACACAAACAGCACAGCAGCCCUGCUCCAUGAACCAUCAUAUUUAAUAGUUGUUGCCAUCACAGCAGAUCCAGCUGAAGCACAGAGACCGCUGGCUGCAGGGACCGGGAGAGCUCUUCUACCUCCCCGGUGCUUCGCACGGCUCCCUGCAGGCUUAGCCCUUCCCUGCCCCACUUCUGGCAGGCACCCAGUGCUGCAGAGGGGCUGAGCCCCACUGCUCUGGGGUGGCCCAGCUCUGCCACUGCCUCCCCCACCCGCAGCUGGGGGGGGAGAGGGG